AUGUUGAUUUUCGUCGCCUUGCUCUUAUCGGCAUUGAAUGCAACGGGAGGGAGUGUUGCGGAACCGAAGAAUGGGAAUGUUACUCAAGAAUACAGGACCCAUCGGUAUCAGCCAGUUAGUCCCACUCCCCGAACCGCCCAAAUGGACGAUGCGAAGACUUAUUACAAGAAUGCGAAAAUAGAGCCUGCAGAACUCGGUGACUCGUACGCUUAUGAUAAUAUAUUUAAACAUUCAGCAAUAUCUCCAUAUUCUCAAAGCAACGAGCAAUUGUCACCGUAUUCGGAGAAUCUAUUCACCAUGUCCGCUGGUUAUAAAGUGGCAAACGAUAAUUUCGCUAAACCAUCGAAACAAUCUGGUACGAAUGUACAAGUUCCGAUAUACAAAACGAAUCACCCGCUGUCAAAAGGGACACACGUGUUCUCGUCCGCGUAUCAGAAUAAGAAACCGACGAUAUACCACUUGAAUCCCCAAGAGCACCCUUCGUAUCUAUCCGCGUUUCAAAGCCAGCCGCUGGUUUUGAAUCCCUUAUCUCAGUUCCAAACAGGAAAAGUGAACAACCUGCAAUUGAGCUCGCCGUUUGCUUCGCCGCUAUCCAGUUUCCAGAGCCACGUAGUCCCGAUUUCCACCGCGAGCAAUAAUCUACAAUUUCCUCAGUACAAAGGCGCUGCCAUAAACGUGUACCCCAAUUUCGGUGGAUUCUCAACAGCGACUUACCAUCCCCUGCAAGCGCAGCCGCAACUGCAUUUCGGGCAUUCGAAUCAGCGUCGACCGGUUGAAAAUCGUCCUAAUGAAGGGAUUCUUUACGACGUCGAGAUUAUUACUAAGAAACCUAUGCCUCCGCCUAAAAAGGACGAAGAAGAUGAUGAUGGCAGUGAUAAGGAGGAUGACGAAGGUCAAACAGGAGAGAAAGAGUAUGGACCAGAUUCGGAUGACGAUAGCGACUACGAGCAUAAACCAGAGAAGCACUUCGAGUCGCCAGCUAUGGAAGGUGACUUCAAGCCCUCCUCGAAUCCGUUCAAGCAGUACGACAAGAAAUUUGGCAAGUAUUCAAGCCGGGAUCGUGACGAGGAAACCGACGAGAAGACGUUUCCCAAAUACAAUGACGAUAAUCAUGAUGAACGUGCUAAAUAUCAAUCGGAUGGUUCCUCGUCCAAGCCUUUGUACGACAGACGAGAAAACAACGAAGAGAAUGACGAGACGCAGGAAAGCGAAGAAACCUCGGACGAUACCCAUAAGUCAAAAUAUUUCGACUACGACGAAGAGUUCAAACCAUCGAGACGAAAUAAUUUUAAGUAUUACAAGAAUUCUCAAGAUUUCCAAGACACCGAUGGACACAGUUCUGACAUCGUAACGAGUUUUUCACCAAAACACGAGGGAAGCUUCGGAUACAAAAUACGAAGAAACAAGGGAUUGUAA